AAAUACAAGGAAGCUGAUAGAAAAGACGUUUCCACGUGUCUCUACACACACCUGGAAGAAACACUGGAGACAAAACAUGCUAAAGAGGCGUACCAGCUACAGAGCCAGGUGAUGUACAAGGACAGACAGACGUCAGACUCUCUCUUCUCUACGCUGCCCGAGACGCCGGAGAUGCAGUUCGCCAGAGAGAUCACAGAGACCAUCAGCGAGAAUAAGUACCGGGAGCAGAGCCGGAAGAGCAUCAGCUGCUGCGUUUACUCUCAGCUUCCUGAAACUGCAGAGACUCAAUUCAGCAGGAGCAUCUCUGAGCUGCAGAGUCAGGUGAAGUAUAAGGCUGACGCUCAGCAGCAGAUGAGCAGAUCUCUGUACCAUCAGCUCGCAGAAACUCCAGAAACUCGACACGCUCGAGACGCCGCUCAGAUCCAGAGCCAGCUGCAGUACCAGCAGGGCCGGGCGUCAGUGACGGGCAGUAAUCUGUUCUCCCUGAUGGCAGAGACGCCGCAGAAUGAGUUCGUGAAGCAGCAGAUGGAGCUGCAGAGUGAGCUGAAGUAUAAAGCUGACCUGAAGGAAAACUCCAGUAAUCUGUACUCGCUGAUGCCGGAGACGCUGGAGACACAGUUCAGCAAACACACCGCAGACCUACAGAGCAACGUGAAGUAUAAGGCUGACGCUCAGCAGCAGAUGAGCAGAUCUCUGUACCAUCAGCUCGCAGAAACUCCAGAAACUCGACACGCUCGAGACGCCGCUCAGAUCCAGAGCCAGCUGCAGUACCAGCAGGGCCGGGCGUCAGUGACGGGCAGUAAUCUGUUCUCCCUGAUGGCAGAGACGCCGCAGAAUGAGUUCGUGAAGCAGCAGAUGGAGCUGCAGAGUGAGCUGAAGUAUAAAGCUGACCUGAAGGAAAACUCCAGUAAUCUGUACUCGCUGAUGCCGGAGACGCUGGAGACACAGUUCAGCAAACACACCGCAGACCUACAGAGCAACGUGAAGUAUAAGGCUGACGCUCAGCAGCAGAUGAGCAGAUCUCUGUACCAUCAGCUCGCAGAAACUCCAGAAACUCGACACGCUCGAGACGCCGCUCAGAUCCAGAGCCAGCUGCAGUACCAGCAGGGCCGGGCGUCAGUGACGGGCAGUAAUCUGUUCUCCCUGAUGGCAGAGACGCCGCAGAAUGAGUUCGUGAAGCAGCAGAUGGAGCUGCAGAGUGAGCUGAAGUAUAAAGCUGACCUGAAGGAAAACUCCAGUAAUCUGUACUCGCUGAUGCCGGAGACGCUGGAGACACAGUUCAGCAAACACACCGCAGACCUACAGAGCAACGUGAAGUAUAAGGCUGACGCUCAGCAGCAGAUGAGCAGAUCUCUGUACCAUCAGCUCGCAGAAACUCCAGAAACUCGACACGCUCGAGACGCCGCUCAGAUCCAGAGCCAGCUGCAGUACCAGCAGGGCCGGGCGUCAGUGACGGGCAGUAAUCUGUUCUCCCUGAUGGCAGAGACGCCGCAGAAUGAGUUCGUGAAGCAGCAGAUGGAGCUGCAGAGUGAGCUGAAGUAUAAAGCUGACCUGAAGGAAAACUCCAGUAAUCUGUACUCGCUGAUGCCGGAGACGCUGGAGACACAGUUCAGCAAACACACCGCAGACCUACAGAGCAACGUGAAGUAUAAGGCUGACGCUCAGCAGCAGAUGAGCAGAUCUCUGUACCAUCAGCUCGCAGAAACUCCAGAAACUCGACACGCUCGAGACGCCGCUCAGAUCCAGAGCCAGGUGGCGUAUAAAGGCAUCAGAAAGGGCGAUUUCUCGGGCUCCUCGUUCACUGCGGUCCCAGACUCGGCGGAGAUGAAGUGUGUCCAGCAGAUCUCACACACACUCAGUGAGAGCGAGUACCGUGAGGAGGGCAGGAGGAGUCUCUCGUCCAGUGUUUACUCUCAGCUGUCCGAGACUCCAGAGACGCAGUUCGUCAGAUCCGUGUCAGAUCUGCAGAGCGAGGUGAAAUAUAAGCAGCAGGUGACCGACUCGCUGUACGCCACGCUGCCCGAGACGCUGGACACGCAACACGCUAAACACGCCACUGACAUCAUCAGUGAGGUGAAGUACCGGGAGGACGGCAGAGGGGGUUUAUCGAGUCCACUCUUCACUCGCCUGACGCAGACGCUGCAGACGCAGACGGUUCGAGACAUCGCAGACGCGCAGAGCCAGGUCAAAUAUAAGCAGAAGGACGAUCAGCCCAGUCUUUAUUCACUCCUACCUCAGACCGCAGACACACUGUUAGCCAGUCACAUGACCGACAUCCAGAGCCAGCUUCAGUACCAGCACGACGGGAAGAAGGAGUCCGAGAGUAACUUAUACAGCCUGAUGCCACACACGCUGGAGACCGAACACGCUAAACACGCCGGCCAGCUGCAGAGUCACGUGAAAUAUAAAGAGCAGAGCCGAACGGAUGCGUGUCUUUACGCUCUUCUGCCCGAGACUCAAGACACGCGACACGCUAAACACGCGUCAGAGCUGCGCAGUGAGCUGAAGUACAGAGAGGACGGGAAGAAGGAUCAGGCCUCAUCGCUGUUCUCUCAGACGAUCGACACUGCAGAGACUCGACGGCUCCGAGAGAUCAGCGCACUGCAGAGUCAGGUUCAGUAUAAGGCUGAAGGACAGAAGCUCAAGAGCUCCAGUCUUUAUUCUCAGAUGCCAGAGACCCCAGAGACGCAGUUCGUGAAGACGGUCACUGAACUCCAGAGCGACGUGAAGUAUAAGGCUGACGCUCAGCAGCAGAUGAGCAGAUCUCUGUACCAUCAGCUCGCAGAAACUCCAGAAACUCGACACGCUCGAGACGCCGCUCAGAUCCAGAGCCAGCUGAAGUAUAAGGAGAAGGACAACUCGUCGUCUCUUUUCUCUCUCCUGCCGGAGACUCCAGAGACGCGGGCGGCCAGACAGCAGACGCAGGCCUGCAGCAAGGUCCGAUAUAAAGAGGACGGGAAGAGGGAGGGAUCGCCGUGUCUGUACUCACUGAUGCCCGAGACGCUGGAGACACAGUUCGCCAAACAGCAGAGUGAACUACAGAGCCAGAAUCAGUACCGCAGAGAGACUCAGGAGGAUCUGUCUCAGUGUGUGUACUCUCAGCUGCCCGAGACGCUACACACACAGUUUGUGAAGGAGCUGACGCCGCUCAUCAGUGAGAGGAAAUACAGGGAGUCGGCUCAGAGGGAGAGCAGCUCGUCUCUGUAUCACACACUCCCUGAAACCAAAGACACGCAACACGCCAGAGACGCCACCGAGAUCCAGAGCGAGGUCCGAUAUAAAGAAGGGAAGAAGCUCCAGUCGUCCAGCGUUUACUCUCAGCUCCCGCAGACGCCACAGACACAGUUCGCCGCUAAAGUCUCCGAGCUGCAGAGCGAAAACCGCUACCGAGAGGAGGGCCGGAGGAGCGCCUGCGUCUGCCUUUACUCUCAGCUGCCCGAGACCACACACACACAGCUCGCGCGCACGCUGACCGACCUACAGAGCCAGAGCAAGUAUAAAGAGGCCGGGAAGAAGCAGGCGUCCAGCGCUCUGUAUUCACUGCUGCCCGAGACUCUGGAGACGCAACACGCCAGAGACGCCACCGACCUCCUGAGCCAGAGGAAAUACAAGGAGGAGGCCAAGAAAGAAGCUUCUGUGAGUCUGUACUCUCUUCUGCCUGAGACGCCUGAGACUAAACACGCCAGACAGGCCUCUGAACUACUGAGCGAGCAUAAGUACAAGCAGGAGAUCUCCAGCAGUCUGUACUCUCAGCUGCCGCAAACACAGGAGACGCAGUUCGCCAAACAGAUGGCGGAUCUCCAGAGUGACAAUCAGUACCGCAGAGAGACUCAGGAGGAUCUGUCUCAGUGUGUGUACUCUCAGCUGCCCGAGACGCUACACACACAGUUUGUGAAGGAGCUGGCGCCGCUCAUCAGUGAGAACAAAUAUAAGGCUGAUGGAAAAAAGGAGAUGCAGAACUGCCUUUAUUCCCGUCUGCCUCAAACCAGUGAGACACAACUCGCCCGCGAGCUCACACAGCUCUACAGUCAGAAGAGCUAUAAGGACUCGGGUAACCCGGACGCUCAGGUGUGUCUCUACGCUCAGAUGCCGCAGACCAUCGAGACGCAGUUCGCUAAAGAAGUGUCCAAACAGCAGAGUGACAAACUCUAUAAAGAGAAGUUUAACUCAGAGAAAGGCAAGUCAAACUACACACAGAUGAAGGAUCUUCCCGACGUCACACACGCCAUACAGGUCAACAAACACCAGAGCGAGGUGGAGUAUCGCAGAGGGAAAGAGGAACUUCAUAAAUACAGUCAUGUGACCGACAGACCCGACAUCCUCAACGCUGUUCACGCCAGCAAACUCGCCAGUGACGUGGCCUACAGGAGUAAAGAGCAGGCGUUUGACCAGCGAGAGCUUCUGCAGCGACCCGACAUACAACACGCCAAACACGCCACACAGCUGGCCAGUCAGGUGAACUACAAGAAGGAUCAGAGAGGACAGAAGCCACAGUACAACCCGAGUGAGUGUGUGAGCUUCAGACACACACAGACCGCAGGGGCACUCGCCAGUCAGGUGAGGUACACUCAGAAGAAGCUGGAGGCCGUCACUGAUCUCCCGAACCUGCUUCAUCUGGGUCACGCGCUUCACGCCAGCAAACUCCAGAGCAACGUGGAGUACAGGAAGAAGUAUGAGGCGUCUAAAGGGCGGAGCCUCGUCACCCUGGAUACGGCGGAACAGCGCCACCAUCAGGAGAACGCAGCGCUGCACAGUCAGGUGAAAUAUAAAGAGGAGUAUGAGAAGCAGCGAGGGAAGUCCCAGAUGGAGUUUGUGGACACGCAGACCUAUAAAGUGUCGAAGGAAGCGCAGCGGAUCCAGAGCGAGAAGGAGUAUCGUAAGGAGUACGAGAGCGAGGUCAAAGGGAAGGCUCUGCUGGAGGCCGAUCUGACGCCCGUGUUCCUGACGGCCCGUAACGCCAGCAGCCUCAUGAGCGAGAAGGAGUAUCGUAAGGAUCUGGAACAGGAAGUGAAAGGGAAAAGCCUGACAGGUCUGGAGGAAACGCCGGAUCUGGUGCGGGUGAAAAACGCUGGACACAUCCUCAGUGAGAAGGAGUAUCGCAAGGAUCUGGAGCGCGAGAUCCGAGGGAAGAGAUCCGACGUCACAUCAGACAGUCUGGAGAUGCAGAGGGCCAAGAACGCGUCUGAGAUCAGCAGCGACGUGAGCUACAGGCAGGCGUCUCAGCUGGGAGGAUACGCCACAGUGACGGACACACCUGCACUUCUGCACGCCGCUUACCUGAGAGACGUCUACAGCCAGAAGAAGUACCGCGGAGAGGUGGAGCAACUGAAGGCCUCGAGUUCUAAAGCUUCAGACACACCAGAGAUCCAGAGAGUGAAAAACAACCAGCGCAACAUCAGCGGACUCUUCUACACGUGGGACUCGCGGCUGAUGAAGGGUUUGACGUCGACGCUCAAUGACACCCCAGAGAUCCGACUGGCCCGGGAAAACGCCAAGAACACCAGUGACGUUCAGUACCGGGAGUGUGUGGGAUCGGGAACAGCCGUGACGGACACACCUGAGAUGGAGCGGGUCCGCCGGAACCAGCAGAACAUCAGCGCCGUCAAAUAUAAGAAAGCGCUUGACCCGGUCAGUGUGGGUGUGACUCCGGAACUGGAGCGGGUCAAACAGAACCAGCAGAACAUCAGCUCGGUUCAGUACCAGCGGGGUCUGCAGGAGGUCAAAGGUCACUCGUGCUCAGAGCUGGACACGCCCGAGAUGAGGCGUGUGCGCAAAUCUCAGGAAUCCAUUUCCAUGGCCAAAUAUCACGAGGAGUUCGAGCGCACGCGGGGUCGCGGCGCCACACACACCUUCGAUGAGCAGCACAUGGCACGUCUCCAUGGAGACCAGGUGCGAGGAGGUUACCAUGGAGACCAGGUGGGAGGCGGUUACCAUGGCGUCCAGCCGCAGGUGGUGGAGAUGGACCGCAGGUCAGGAGGAGCCGCUGAGCUGAGGGUCUGGAGGACUGAUCCGGGAUCCAUCUUUGACUUUGACCCGGUGGAGGACAACAUUCAGUCUAAAAGCCUUCGCAGGAUGACCGAGCGUGGCCCGCAGUCGGUGUGCAGCUCUCUGGGUUCAGAGCUCUGGGCCGAUCGCAGUGCGUCCGUGUGCAGCAGAUCCAGUUCAGGUGUUUACCAGCAUCAGUCCCAUCAUCCUCAGCAGCUCCAGCAGGGAUACGGACACACACAGGCCGUUCGCAGCGUUCAGUCUCCGCCACACGCCGCCAGCAUGAGAGUGUAUCGGGCGCUGUACGAUUACGCCGCUCAGGAUCACGACGAGGUUUCCUUCCGCGACGGAGACGUGAUCAUUAACGCUCAGCACAUCGACGAGGGAUGGAUGUUCGGGACCGUGCAGCGCACCGGCAAAUCCGGCAUGCUCCCCGCCAACUACGUGCAGAGCUUCAACUGAGAGCCACACACACACACACACACUCUCACAAACACUCACACACUCACGCAUUUCUUCACACACUAACCUACUGUAUAUUCCUCUCUCUGUGAAGAGGAAGUGAUGUCAGAUGGGUUAACCACACAUGCUGAUCAUUAGAUUCUGGGCAUGAGUGUGAAACCAGAGCCCGUCUAACGGAGAGCCUAACGGAUUAGCCCCGUUGUGGAUCAUCCUGGUUGCAGUUCCAUUAUAAU